GUCGUAAAACCGGAUGUGACGUCAGUGAGGUUGCAGUAAUGGCCGCUCAGUGACAACAACACCAGAGACUGAUCCUCUGUGAGGUUUAAUUCCUCUUAAUUCAUCUUUAUUUGGUGCUAUAAGAUGUGUUCCUCUGUGGAGCAGCUGCUGGAGGACUUCCUGUUGACGGUGGUGACUGAAAUCUGUCAGCGACUCAAACACAGAGAAGAAGAAGAAGAGUCAAAGACUGAGGAGGAGCUGCUGGCUGUGAUGAGGAGACUCGGAGAGGCUCUGCUGCAGGAGCUGAGGAGGCUGCAGGAGAAGAACCAGGAGCUGAGGAGGCUACAGGAAGUGAACCAGGAGCUGAGGAGGCUGCAGAAGGAGAACCAGGAGCUGAGGAGGCUACAGGAGGAGAAUCAGGACCUGAGGAGGCUGCAGGAGGAGAACCAGGAGCUGAGGAGGCUGCAGGAGGAGAACCAGGAGCUAAGAAGGCUGAAGGAGGAGAACCAUGAGCUGAGGAGGCUGCAGGAGGAGAACCAGGAGCUGAGGAGGCUACAGGAGGAGAACCAGGAGCUGACGAGGCUGCAGGAAGAGAACCAGGAGAUGAGGAGGCUACAGGAAGUGAACCAGGAGCUGAGGAGGCUGCAGAAGGAGAACCAGGAGCUGAGGAGGCUACAGGAGGAGAAUCAGGACCUGAGGAGGCUGCAGGAGGAGAACCAGGAGCUGAGGAGGCUGCAGGAGGAGAACCAGGAGCUGAGAAGGCUGAAGGAGGAGAACCAUGAGCUGAGGAGGCUGCAGGAGGAGAACCAGGAGCUGAGGAGGCUACAGGAGGAGAACCAGGAGCUGACGAGGCUGCAGGAAGAGAACCAGGAGAUGAGGAGGCUACAGGAAGAGAACCAGGAGCUGAGGAGGCUGAAGGAGGAGAACUACGAGCCGAUGAAGCUGAAGGAGGAGAACCAGGAGCAGAAUUACACAGGAGACGUUCAGGUGGAGCUGAGCCACCAAUCAGACGCUCCGACAGGUGACAGCAGCCAAUCAAAGCAGACUGGUCCGGCGGGCAGCGGGCGGACCUUCAGCUGCAGCGUCUGCAGCAGCAGCUUCUCCAGACGGACCAACCUGAGCGCUCACAUGCGAGUCCACAGCCGAGAGCGGCCCUUCACCUGCCCCACCUGUGGGAAGGCGUUCUCCGCCCGCAGCAGCGUCCGCGUCCACCAGCUCACCGUGCACAACAAGCAGCGGCCCUACCGCUGUUCUCACUGCGGGAAGGCGUUCGGGACCCGCGGCCACCUCAGGACGCACCAGACGUCGAGCUGGGGGCGCCGCGGCCGGCUGCUCACGUGUUCGUCCUGCGGCGAGACGCUGGCGGCGAAGUGCUGCCUCCGAGAGCACAGACUCACCUGUCAGAAGACAAACAACAGGUUCAGGUGUGUGGAGUGUGGGAAGGAGUUCUCUAAACACAGCUACCUGUCUGCACACCAGAGAGUCCACCUGAAGGACAAACCCUUUAAAUGUCCCACGUGCGAGAAAGGAUUCACCACGCUCCGCAGCGUCCACGUCCACCAGCUGACCGUCCACAAAGGACUGAGGCCGUUCACCUGCAGCGUCUGCAGGAAGACCUUCAGCCAGCGGAGCGGCCUCAGAGUUCACCAGAAGACGCACACCGGUGAGCGGCCGCACACCUGCGAGCAGUGCGGGAACUGUUUCUCCAGCCGGAGCAGCCUGUCGGUUCACCGCCGCGUCCACACCGGAGAGAAGGCCUUCAGCUGUGACACCUGCGGGAAGAACUUCAGCGUGUCGGCCAACCUUCGCCGCCACCGGCUCGUCCACUCGGGCCGACGGGAGUUCAGCUGCGACGUGUGCGGCAGCAGCUUCACGCAGGCGGGACACCUGAAGGUACACCACGCCGUGCACAGCGGCGAGUGGGCGUUCAUCUGCAACGCCUGCGGGAAGGGCUUCAGACAGCGCAGCGCGCUGCUGGUACACGAGCGGAGCCAUGCUGGCAUCAAACCGUACAGCUGCAGUGAGUGUGGAAAAAACUUCUCCUCGUCCACGUCGCUGAAACGCCACCAGUUGGCUCACAGCGGGCAGAAAGCUCACACCUGCCACGAGUGUGGGAAGAGCUUCACCACCGCCCAGAUCCUUAAAACUCACCUGCAGCUGCACGCCGGCAACAAAGUGUUCUCCUGCGACGUGUGUGGCCGCGGCUACAGCUCGCUCAGCUACCUGAAGACGCACCGACGCAGCCACUCGGAGGGGAAACUGUUCAGCUGCGCUCAGUGUCAGAAAACGUUCUCCACGCAGGCGAGCGCCAAGCUGCACGAGCGCACACACAGUGGAGAGAAACCGUAUGUCUGCGAGUUCUGCGGGAAGAGUUUCAGCGUGUCGCAAAACCUCGUCAGACACAAACGCGUCCACAGCGGAGAGAAACCGUUCGAGUGCAGCGUCUGCGGGAAAACAUUCAGUCAGAACAACAACCUGAAGUCUCACCAGCUAGUUCAUACGGGUCAGAAACCGUUCAGCUGCUCCUCCUGCAGCCGGAGCUUCACCUCCAUGAGGAGCCUACGGGAGCACAAGUGUGUCUCUGCUCAAUGAACGCCGCAGACAGGAGGAGUCCAACAGGAACAGUCCGACAGGAACAGGAUGUAAUUUGAGGGUGAAGGGACUAAAUCGAGUGAAAAAUUAGUUAUUUGAUGGAAAUAUUUAUCAGAAAUCCUCCCUGACAUCAUCCAGACUGAUCUCCCAUAUGUUCAGGCCGAAAAGACAUGUUUGUUAUUGUGUGUAAAUACCAUAAAUAAAUAAAUGCAACAUUCA